CUCUCGCGUCCGCGUCCCUCGGCCAGAAACGGCAGCGGAUGGGGGCGGGGCGGGGACUUGGCGGAGGACGGCGCCCCGCCUCCUUCGCUCUCUCCGCUGGCGUGACGUGCUGCCCUGCCCCUCUCACGCUAGCUCUGCGUUGGGGUCUCUCCGCUUAGUUACCACGUACUUGCGCCCGUCCCGGAAGUGGGCUGGCCUCCCCCUGAGGUUUCUGCUUCUAAGGGGCGACCGUCGCCAAGGUGGCGGUCACUGCAUCCCGGCCCACCUCCGCGGCCCUGGGCGUGGUAUCAGCGAGCCCUGGGACUAUGACGGGUCAGGGCCAGUCGGGAUCAGGGUCGUCGGUGUGGAGCACGAUAUUCCGCCACGUCCGGUACGAGAAUCUGGUAGCGGGUGUGAGCGGCGGGGUUCUGUCCAACCUCGCGCUGCACCCGCUUGACCUCGUGAAGAUCCGCUUCGCCGUGAGUGAUGGAUUGGAACUGAGACCAAAAUAUAAAGGAAUUGUGCAUUGCUUGACUACCAUUUGGAAACUUGAUGGACUACGGGGACUUUACCAAGGAGUAACCCCAAAUGUGUGGGGUGCAGGUUUAUCCUGGGGACUCUACUUUUUCUUUUACAAUGCCAUCAAAUCAUACAAGACAGAAGGAAGAGCUGAUCGUUUAGAGGCAACAGAAUACCUCGUCUCGGCUGCUGAAGCUGGAGCCAUGACCCUCUGCAUUACAAACCCAUUAUGGGUAACAAAAACUCGCCUUAUGUUACAGUACAAUGGUGUUGUUAACUCCUCACAACGACAAUAUAAAGGAAUGUUUGAUACACUUCUGAAAAUAUAUAAGUAUGAAGGUGUGCGAGGAUUGUAUAAGGGAUUUAUUCCUGGGCUGUUUGGAACAUCACAUGGUGCCCUUCAAUUUAUGGCAUAUGAAUUGUUGAAGUUGAAAUACAACCAGCAUAUCAAUAGAUUACCAGAAGCCCAGUUGAGCACAGUAGAAUAUAUAUCUGUUGCAGCACUAUCGAAAAUAUUUGCCGUGGCGGCAACAUACCCAUAUCAAGUUGUGAGAGCUCGUCUUCAGGACCAACACAUGUUUUACAAGGGCGUGUUGGAUGUAAUCACAAAGACAUGGAGGAAAGAAGGCAUCGGUGGAUUUUACAAAGGAAUUGCCCCCAAUUUGAUUAGAGUGACCCCAGCCUGCUGUAUUACUUUUGUGGUAUAUGAAAAUGUCUCACAUUUUCUACUUGACCUCAGAGAGGAAAAAAAAGUAAGCUAGAAGAAGAUCAUCUCAAUUCGUCUGCUUAAUGCAGCAGUUGCUCCUUUGUGUUUGAGGUAUAAACCUCAGAAGAAUGCUGCACAGCAACAUGGUUCAUAAUGGAAAUUGGUGUAUAAUCAUUAGAAGUCAAAGAACUGCUAAGACUUUGCAAUGUUGUUUUGCUCUUUGCCUUCCCCAUAUGUUUGGGACUUGGCUACCUCUGCCAGAAAUGGCUCCCAUCAACAUGACAGUAAAACUGACGUCAAGUGGAGAAUUUCACAAAUUUCUCUAUUUUAGUGUUCAAGUAGAAGCUGAUCACAGCAUUUGCUAAAUGGAUUAGAUGAAUGUGCUUCUUUUUGUGAACUCAUUUGCCUGGAUUGGCUUUAAAAUCAAUCUGUGUGCAAUAGCAAGAAAAUGGCUUCUGAAAAGAAUUGUCGCUGUUUCAAGAGUAAAUUGAACUUUAAGGAUUUGCUGGAAAAAUUGUUGCUUAAAUCCAGACCAUUUUUGAAUUGAGAAAUUUUGGUGAGAGGAAAAAAAAACACCACCACCGUAAACGUGCGUUAGUUUAAAUUCAGUUGGAAUGUUCUAACUAGGGAAAUUUGAGACGUAUAUACUUCUCUUCAUUUGAGAAAUAUAUUUGUUGUCAUUCUGUCAUUAAUUUUUUCCCUGGGGGCUCUUCCAUAGUUUAAAAUGUAAUUGUGGAUCCAGUUAUUAUAUUUUUUGACAUUGGUACUUGGUGUUUCUUAAACUUAACAAAAUCUGAACUCAGAUGCAGCUGUGUCUGCCCUUAUUUAGAAUAUUUGGCUGUAAGUCACUAAUUGGCUAUAAAUCACUAAUAGAUCACCUCACACACAUACUGGAAUGAUUGGGAUCUGUAUGUUGAGAAACUGUGUGGAAAUGGGAAACUUUAACUUCUUAUUUCAACUAUGAGAUGUAUGGGUCCAGAUCCCAAAUAAACGAUUAGUCUAGAUUAGUUGCUCAUAUUCAGGUUUAAAUACAGAUUACACUAAUGGCCAUUAUUGAUUUAACUUUUAUGAGUCAUUAUAAAUAUCUAUAAAAGCCUGUCCCCAAAGGAUGCCAGAAUAAUAUUUUUAUUUAUCAUAAACUUCUAUGAAUGCUGUUGCACUUCCAUCUAGUUGUAAAUAAAACAUUGUGGUUUUCAAAGCCAUAUUUAAAUGGUUCUUUGAAGAUAGGUCUAUUUUUUAUAUUUUGAAAAUGGCAUUGUUCUAAAAAUGUGGAACAGUAAGUAAUUGUAUUUACUAUAAUCUCUUGUAACAUGCACAGAAAUACUUUAUAAAUUAAAUGUGAUGUAUUUUUCAUCCUUCUGGGUUUACUACUAUAAUUCAUCUGAAUUCCUGACGUUAGUCCCUAUACAAAAUACUGGCUGCAGUUGCUGUUUGGAAUUUUAGAGGUAGUGCCAUUAUUUGAAUGCUUCUUGUGUACCCCCAAAUUAAUAAAACAUAAUUUCUGUCUUCUAAGAGCAUAUAAGUUUGCAGAAUAAAUAAAUAAGUGUUAAAUAACUCCAACCCUAGAUGAACGGGCAAGAUUUCUACAAGGCCCUCUAAGGGUUCUGAGAAAAGAGAACUCAUUCAACAACAAAUCGUAACUGAGUUCUUGCUCUGUGCCAGGUAUGUUACCAAGCACUGAAGACACAGCAGGGAAUAACCCAGACAACAUUCCUGCCCUUAGGGAAUUUUCCUUUUAGUGUGAGUGACAGAAAACAAAUAUAUGCAUAGUAUAGUUUCAGAUAUUAAAUGCUAUAAAUAGAACUAAAACAGUUGGGAAUAGUGUUGCUAUCUUAGGAUGGUUAGAGUAAGGAAGGAUCUCUUUUGAAGGGUAGUGUUUGAAACAUUUUGAAAGAAGUGAGGAAAGCAAACCACUAUGAGAUAGAGGAAACAGUCUUCUAGGCAGAGAAAAUAGGAAAUACAAAGGCCCUGAGGCAGGAAUUAAUUUGGCUGGAGGGAAGGAGUGAGGUUAGGGUGGCCCACACUGUGUGGUGGAAAAGAAAUGCAGGAUUGGCUUCAAAUUUCAGCUUUCCCCUUUGCUGUUUGGCCUCAGGCCAAUAGUUCACCUCUCUGUCUCAAGUUUUCUCAUAUGUAAAAUGGUGAUUUGAUUUGUUCCUUUGUGAAUAAGGAGGAUAUAGGAUGCUUGGGCUAGUGAUUUAUUGAGAGAGUGCUCUUAAGAGACUCUAGAAGAUGAGGAAGAAGUUUAUCAUCACCCUGACCCUAUGGGACAAUGCACUAUGUGUUGGACCACAGAGGUUGUCCUGCCCUGAGGUGAGAGCCUGGGCUAUUAUGUUCUUACAUCAGGCAGAAGAGGGGAGGCUAGGUCCCUUUCCUCAGUCGAGAGCAAUCCUCCAAAAUAAGGUGAAGGGGAGGGGACAGCUGUUAACAGCUGGGAUAUGGGUGCACCAUCCCUGUAAAAGGAAUUUGGUGGGUCAACAGCAUCUACAAAUGAGGCUAUUAAAAGUAUGUAGCUCAUAGGAUUAUUGAUCAGAUUAAAUGGAUUAAUCCAUGUAAAGUGUUUAGCAGUGUCCCUGGGCCAAAAAACAUUAGCAUGGGCCAGAUCUUCUAACCCAUGGUCUGGGGUUUAGAUUGUGGGGGAGAU